AGCCGGAGCCCCAGGCGACGCGAGCUGAGCGGGAGCCACCGAGGCCGCUGCCUGCUCUCCCGCCCGCGCCUCCGCCGCCUCCGCGCUCCAGCCUGCGGGUGGUGUGAGCCGUGGCCAGUCGCCGCCACCCAGGGGGCAGCGGGUGCCAUGGCCGCGCCGGAGUCGCUGCGGCCCCGCCUGUGUCGCCUGGUGCGCGGCGAGCAAGGCUACGGCUUCCACCUGCAUGGCGAGAAGGGCCGCCGUGGCCAGUUCAUCCGGCGCGUGGAGCCAGGCUCCCCAGCCGAGGCUGCUGCGCUGCGCGCCGGGGACCGCCUGGUUGAGGUCAACGGCGUCAACGUAGAGGGCGAGACGCAUCACCAGGUGGUACAGAGGAUCAAGGCUGUGGAGGGGCACACUCAGCUGCUUGUGGUGGACAAGGAGACAGAUGAGGAACUCUGCCGGCGGCAACUGACCUGCACUGAGGAGAUGGCUCAUCGAGGGCUUCCACCAGCCCACAACCCCUGGGAGCCAAAGCAUGACUGGGCAUGCUCGAGCAGCCUUGGCUCGGACACUGGCCAGAAGGAUGUCAAUGGGACUCCAAGAGAGCUGCGCCCCCGGCUCUGCCACUUGCGAAGGGGACCCCAGGGCUAUGGGUUCAACCUGCACAGUGACAAGUCUCGGCCUGGUCAAUACAUCCGCUCUGUGGACCCGGGCUCACCUGCUUCCCACUCCGGCCUCCGGGCCCAGGACCGGCUCAUUGAGGUGAAUGGGCAGAAUGUAGAGGGGCUGCGCCAUGCUGAAGUUGUUGCCAGAAUCAAGGCACGGGAGGAUGAAGCUCGGUUGCUGGUGGUAGAUCCUGAGACAGAUGAACACUUCAAGCGGUUGCGGGUCAUACCCACUGAGGAACAUGUAGAAGGUCCACUGCCGUCACCAGUCACAAACGGGACCAGUCCUGCCCAGCUCAAUGGUGGCUCCAUGUGCUCAUCCCGAAGUGACCUGCCAGGCUCAGAGAAGGACAAUGAGGAUGGCAGUGCCUGGAAGCGAGACCCCUUCCAGGAGAGUGGCCUCCACCUGAGUCCCACAGCAGCUGAGGCAAAAGAGAAGGCUCGAGCUACGCGGGUCAACAAGCGGGCACCACAGAUGGACUGGAACCGGAAGCGAGAGAUCUUCAGCAACUUCUGAGCCCCUCUCUGCCUGUCCAGGGGCCCCAGGGUCUCUUCAAGCACAGACCUUGGACCUUUCCGGAGCUCCCCAAGCCUCAGCAGACUGGAGGGUGGUAUCACGCCACCCAGAAAACAACCCAUGACCCCAUGAACCCUUGUCUUGUCCACUGGGUGCUGUGGCUGUCAGCAGGAUGUGGGAAGAAAGAAUCCCAGAGAUGAGAGACAGAGACAGAAACAGACAGAGAGACAGAGAACCAGUGAGAGAGGGAGGAGCCUAUGAAUGGUGGUCUGCCAAGGCCUUUGCUUUUCUGCCUCGGGCCUGCUGACUGGAAGGAAUUCAUGUUUUCGCUUUUUUUCCUAAAAGGUCCCCAGCUCCACAUAUGUUUCUAGUUAAUAGUGGAGCCCCCUCCCCCAGCCCCUUGGGACUCACUCUCUGAAUAAUUGCAAUAAAACAAACCUUUCUCUGCAAACCCUUUCUUACCCACCCUGUCAGCAACACCAUCCUGAGCAGAGACCAGGGACUCCAGGGAACAGACAGCCAGGGGCCCGCAAGGGCCAGAUGUGCCUGUAGGAGCUAACACUGUCCCAUCCUCACUGAGGGAAGGUCCCUAAGCCAAGCCUCUCUUUGCCUCCCACAUGCUGGGUUCUGGAAUGCAAAUCCUAGGCUCUCUGAGGGGCCAGAGGAUGGUGGUUCUAUGACUCCAAGAGGGGAGGGAAGCAUUUGGACCAGCUCCUCAUACUGCUCUGCAGCUCCUGGACCUGGAGACAGUGAGUCUGUGUGAGCCAUUCCCAGGUAUGAUCCUGGGCUCUUGGGCCUGGCCCCUGCCUUAUGUCUACCUGGCACCCACUUUCUGCCCUUUCCUUAGUGUUCUCAAUGCCCAAACUCACUUAUUGACACUGCAGUCUGCCUCAUAAGCCAUAGCGCACGCGCGCGCCCUCAAAUUAAACAGGCCUUGCCUUGGA